UCUCACUCCCCUGCUCGCCCCUUUCUCUCCCUCUCUGAUCACCCACUAGAAGGUUAAAUUCUAAACUUUCACCUUCUAUCUCUAAUGGCUACAAAGUGCAAUUCAAGUAGGGAUGUAAUAAGUGAACUGCCAGCAGAGAUUAAGGAAAGAAUUUUGGAGAGGUUACCCACUCGAGACGCUGCAAGAACUGCUAUACUCUCGACUGGGUGGAGGGAUGUUUGGUUGGGGCAGGGGCGGAUUGUGGUUGAUUCAGACUUGUUACAGUGUGUCCAAAGACGCCAAGGUGAUAAAACCAUAGCUUUUGUGAACACGAUAAAUGACAUUCUCAUGCGCCAAGCUGGACCUAUUAAGAAAUUUACUCUAUGCAUUUACUCAGGUCUUCGGCUACAACAGUCUGAUUUUGAUCGAUGGUUUCUAUUUCUAUCAAGAAAUGGUAUUCAGGAACUUAAAAUCUUCCUAGCUGAUUGGGACCUUGAUGAAUAUAAAUAUAAGUUGCCAUAUUGUAUACUCUCGUGCCCGACAAUUAAGCAACUGAAAUUGGGCUAUUUCGUUUUUUAUUUGCCAAUAAAGGCUUAUUUUAUAUUCUCCCGUCUCACCUCAUUAGUUUUCGAGUCUGUUAAAUUUAGUGAUGAACUUAAUGGAAUUGUCUACAGAAUUCCUAAUCUUGAGAAGCUAGGAUUCUAUACAUGUUUAGGGAUUAGUAAUUUUGGGAUAAGAGUUCCAAAACUUGAAAGCUUGUCUAUUAUUAGUUGGGUUCAAGCGGCCGAAUUCCAAUGGUUUGCAUUUCAUUUGAAAGCAAUUAAGACUCUUUGCUUGGGUCCCUUCUCCUUGGGUGAAGAUUUUGUAUUAGCCGCACCAAUGUUCCCAAUCGCAAUAAAUCUACAAGUAAUCAAGCUAUAUAGUUUGGAUUUUGCUAGCGAAAAGCAGUUUACUGACGCUUUGCAAUUGCUUAAAAAUUCUCCCAAUCUAUGUGAACUGGAGAUUAUAGCAUCAUAUUUGGUAUCUGAUGGCAUUCCGGAGGAUUGUGGUUGUAUUAUUGAUCAAGAUCUAAAGAUGUUUCACACCCUGAAGAUUGAACAGUUUAUGGGAUCCAAAGUGCAAAUGUUUUUUGUGAAAAUGUUGCUCUCUAAAUCCCCUGCCUUAGAGAAAGUUGUUAUUCAAGGAAUAAAUAAUCUCAAUCCCUCCAUGACUCUCAAAAUUUCAAGAGAGUUGUUGCGCUUUCCUCGUGCAUCUCCAAAAGCAGAAGUUGUCUACAUGGACAAUAACCUUGGGUAUGGAAUGGUUGGCUCCCCAGACUUUUAGGAAUUGAGAAUAUAGUGCAGCUCCAUUGCAUGGUUUAAAGUAGAAAUGUAAUCAAUGGUAGUGAACUUUUGUAAGAUAAGGAUGAUAUGUUCGUUAUUUUGCUAAGCAGUAGACUUGAUGAAUAUAAUGUCUCCCUUCAAUUAUAGCUACUAAAUUUGUAUUAGAUGAUGUUUAUGCUGAUAGUGUGAUAGGUAUAAUAGGUGUCGUCUUAGUUCUUAUUGCAUUAAUAUAGUUUCUUUUAUUUUGA